AUGGGAAAGAGAGAAUUAUACAGAAAUAAACAAGCUUUGGCUAAUGCUGCUCCUCUGGCUCAAGCACACUCCCAACCGCUUGGUAUUACCAUCGGAGCACGUACAUCUAAUGUAAAGAUGCCUAAGGAGGCCAUUCCAGCCAUCUAUUAUGAAAAGAUUUUAAAAUACAUGAAAACAAAGGAAAUGUUGAAUGAUAUUGCAGGAGCUUGCACUAAAUAUUUGUACAAACCAUCGGAUUGGAAGUAUUAUUACUUUGAACAUCGUUGGAAGGAAUAUUCUAACGUGAGAAGAGCCUUGCGUAAAUUAAUUCAAAUGGGAACACUUCAAGUCUUGUUGAGAGGAAAGUAUUAUAAGGAAGAGACUUCUGAUCCAGAAGCUAUUACAAGUGGUGGUGCCUCUUCUUCUACUGAUAAUAAUCAAUCAGCUGAUGCUAGUAAUGUUGCUUCCGAAGAAGUUUUACAAGUAAAAGAAGAAGAAUUUGAAACUUUUGUAAUUGGAGGAAGAACAUUAACUAGAAAAAAGUAUGUAAAGGCUUCUUCUGUGCCAUCGAAUAAGAAGGCCACCACUCCAGUUGAUCAAGAGGAAAUUCAAAUUGAAGAAGAAGAAACAAUUAAUCAACAAGCAAUGAAUAAGAAGAAUAAGAAGAAGAAUAAGAAAAACAAAAAGAAGGAUCCUUUUGAAUUGGAUGAGGAAAAUGAUGAUCAAGAUGAUGGAACUUUUGAUGGAUUUGAAAUUACCAGAGAUGAGGAUCGUCCACAAUUAUAUGAAUUGAAUGAAUGGAAAGAUGAUCCAAAGAAGAAUAAGAAACAAAAUAAGAAACAAAACAAAAAGCAAAGUUCUAGUUUGGAAAUUGAAGAAGAUACUUUUGUAAAGGAAGAAGAAGGUGGUGAUAAGGGAAUUCCUUCUAAAGCUGUACAUAUUGAUUUUAAUAAUAUCAAAAAGAUUGUAAAGGCAACUGAAAAGAUUGAUUGUGCUGAAAAUGAAGCAGUUCAGAAUAUUACUCUCAACUUGACAAGAAAAUCAAAGGAAGAAUCAUCCAGCUCUCAGAAAACUGUGAUUCAGGUUGUUAAAGGUGACAUGUUGGAAACUGCAAUUAGUUUGAGAAGGAUUUGUAAACUUAAUCCACUCGUUUUGGUCUCUGGUAGCCAAACUGUUCCAGGAGGAUCUUUUGCUAAGGGAGGAAAUACUCAAGAGGAAGAUUUCUGUAGAAGAUCAUCAUUGUCUUUAGCAAUUGCUGAUCCAUACAGAUUUGAUGAAACUAGAGAGUGGACUUACCCAUUACCUGAAUUUGGAGGAAUUUAUACACCAAAUGUUGUAGUGUUAAGAGGUCCAAAGAGCGAUGGAUAUGCCUUCUUGGAUAGAACAUGGGCUUGCUCAAUGUUUAUCACCUAUCCUUAUGUGAAUCCACCAACAGAGAAGAGAAAGGUAGCCGAUCCAAAUACUGUCAUUCCAAAUGAAGAGGACGAUGACGAAGAAGUAACAACUGAGAAUUUCCUCUCUACCAAAUUGUCCAACUCAAUGAAGAAGAAGAUUGCUGCCUACUUUGAUGUUGCAUUAAAGAAGGGUCAUGAUUCUCUUGUUAUUGGUGCUCUUGGUUGUGAAAAUACUCACUCCAAUCCUGCCUAUCAUAUUGCUCAACUUUUCAAGGAAGUAUUGGCAAGUGAAAUUUUCAAGGACAAGUUCAAGGUUGUCAUUUUCUCUAUUUUGGUUGAUAAGGAAACUGAUAGCAAGUUGGCCAAUGAAGGUGGUGCUGACGAUGUGGAAGAAGUUGAGGAUAAUGAUGACGUCGAAGAUCAACAAGAUAUCUCAACCAAUCUGCUCGAUACUUCAAUUGAAAGAAAGAAUAAUCUUUCAGUAUUUUCCAAAUUAUUCCACGGAAAGGAAGAAGCUCCAACAGCUGAAGAAUUCAUUCCAACCAUUGAAUGUAAAUAA